AUGGCUUCUGGACGGUCGAUGCCGCGCAAGACCUCGUGGGAGAGUUCACUGUUCGACGAGGAUACGGGCUUUGCCAAUGGCUCACGAGACCGCAGUGAGCUGCAUUUCUCGCAGCAUGGCGAGCGUACAGGCUCUUCGAGAGUGCCACAGGACUCCAGUGCCGGCCGACAGUCUUUUCAGCAUCGCCAAGUGAGCUUGCCAUUUCCAGACCGCAAUGCCACCGCAUCUUCCAGCAGCACUGUGCCAGAACGGCCCCCCAAGCUACCAACCAGGAGGUCCACGACACCGACCAUGGUCGUCCACCAACAAAUCGCCAGAAAGCCGGUCGGUCGAGGAUCCAUAUCCGAAGGCUCAUCCAUCCAGCCCGCCUCCGCUGUACCCAGGAUGAAUUCAACUCGGGCGGCAUUGCGGUCGCCAUCGAGCACCCAGGACCUGUUCAGGGAAGCCUCGUACUCGUUGAGCAAUCUGGCCGACGACACGCAGAGUCUCCAAUUGCAUGAUGAAAAGCAGAGCCCGCCGCCUUACUCGUUACCACCAUCUAUACCACCUCGGGAUCCGAAGAGGCGGUCCAGUGGUGUGUCGUAUGAAAUCCCGCAGCCCGACGGCAUAUUUCAGGUGAUUCGCGGGAACCAUUUCGAAGCCCUGCAGAAAAUGCUCGAGGCGGGCGUGGGAAUCGACGAGACCGAGCCGGACACUGGGCGCACAGCGAUAAUGGAAGCAGCUAGUCUUCGUCGAGUCCAGCUGUGCCAGAUGCUCCUACAAGCCGGCUGUCGACUGCAUCUCAAAGACGGCGAGCAAAAUACUGCUCUUCAUUACGCCGCUUUUCAAGGCGAUGUAGACAUCUGCCUCCUACUGAUCGAGGCUGGUGCUCAAUUGGAAGAGUACAACAGAGAAGGUAAAACGCCGCUACAGAUAGCCGCGUAUGGUGGCCACUUCGAAGCAGUCGACUGCCUCUUGAACUGCUGGACUGCGCAAGGUGGGCACGCUGUGGCGCUCAUUGAUGGCUUUCUCGAGUCCACCAAGUCCUGCAAUGUAGCUACGGCGCGAGCUUUCAUCGACAGAGGCGUCAAGCCGAAGAAGAUUAAGGAGUCGUGGAAGCCUGUGGCAUAUGCUGCGAUAUCGGGAUCUGUGCCCAUGCUUGAUCUUCUGGUUGCUCAUCGAUGUAACCUUAAGGACCGCAGUCCCGAUGGCUGGACGGCUUUGCAUUACGCUGCAUACCAUGGCCAAACAGCCAUGGUCGAGAAGCUGCUGGCGUGGAAACUCCCGUGGAAGGGGACGACGAAGAAGGAUGACGAGACGGCGCUUCAUCUGUCGAUACGAGCUGGGCACACAGCGACCGCUCUUGCGUUGAUUCGGAACAAGGACGCGAAUGUCUCCGUGGAAGACGUCAACUCCCAACAGCCGCUACAUCACGCUACACGAGUCGGAGAUUCGCAGGUCGCGAAUGCACUUCUGCAGAAAGGUGCUAAGCUGGACGAAGUGAACGACUUCGGCUACACCCCUAUGCUCAUUGCCGCCGCAUACGGCCACACCGCACUGGUAGCUGGCUUCCUCGUCCGCUCGUCCAAUACGGAAGACAAGCUGGGCUCUCCCGACUUCAAGCCCGCGAAGAAAACGAACGAUGCGGCAAGGAAAGGCUACUGGGCUGAAAUCCGCUGGCCGCAUGCCGGAGCUCGCCCUCUCCAUUUGGCGAUCGAGUUUGGGCACGACGAAGUCGCCAAUAUGCUCAUCGCAAACGGUGCCAAGAUCGACGAGCCGGACUCCGAGUCCUGGCGACCGCUACACUACGCCGCUUUCCACGGCCGUCUUCGGAUCGUCGAACAGCUGCUCGGACGGGGCGCUUCGCCGCACGCUACGACUUCCGAAGGCAACACGCCGCUUAGUCUUGGGUUUCGCGAGCCAGAACUCCUGACUACCGCGGAGGAGAAAGAACAGAUCUCCGAACUGCUCCACGACGCCAUGCAUGCGCGCCGGAAGAGUAAGCUUAGACAGCUAACCGGCUUGAUGAGUGCAGGGGGCAACAGGAGUCGUGAUGCGGGGGAGAGGAAUAAGUGCUGGCAUGUUGCGAGUCUGGCGCGGGCAUUGUAUGCCGAGAAGGGGGAAGGGGAUGAGGGCAGUUUGAUGGGGGCGACGGGCAGUAUUAGUGGUUCGCAGAAGGAGGGGAUGGAGGAGGAGACGGAGUAUGGGGUUUUUGGGGCUGGGGCUUCGAGGCGGAGUGGAGAGUGA